UCUGUGAACACAGCUAAAGCAAACACCGAUAUUUCUGCUAUAACAAAUAGGUGCAUUAAAAAGCACUUGGUGUUAAAACGUGCAUAUUUCAUUUUUUCUGCAUUAUCUUCCCUAAAGGGUGGUUUUUGUUGACCGUCAAUAAAUCCGGCUUAGGGCGUGCUUAUUUAGCUUCGAAACAUGUGUAAAAGUGCCACACUUUUUUUCCUGCUGCUGCCUGCUGUUUUCGCCCUUCCAACCCAGGACGACCUGAUGCAGGAGCUGGGGGACGACACCGCCGUGGUGGAGUCCACCGUUCGGGAGGCCAGAGCCAUCGUUCCCGAGCAUAUCGAGGACCUCCUGCAGCCAGGAACUAAAGAAGCUUUCCUGCACACCUAUGGCGACAAAGAGGACGCCGAUGGCGACGUGCAAGGCUACCGCAAGAAAACGCAGGACAAGGGCAGCGAUGGCUACCACCACUUCGACAGCUACCACAAGAAGGAUGGGGACAAAUACGGGUACGAAAUUCACUCGGAGUACGGGAAAUCGGACAAAGCUAGUGCCGGGGACACCGGGAAAGCUGGCAAACAUUCCGAUGGUGCUGGCGGGUCCGAAACCAAGAAAGCUUACAAAGUAGUGGAAAACGUCAAUGAGGGUAAAAAGGGCGUGAGCGCUGUUGAAGAUUAUGAGGGCGAUUCCGGCUAUUACGCCGAUUCCGGUGACUCGGAAGGCUACACGGACGGGGAAUCUGAAAAUUACAGCGAAGGAGAAGCAGAAUCCGGAGGAUACGUCGAGGGAGGGAACGCUGGAGCCGAAUAUUACGGAGGAUAUGAUGAAGGAGAUGGUGAUUCAGGUCAUUAUACAGAGGACGGCGACGAUGGAGCGGAAUAUGAUGAUGGAGAGGCCGAGGACGACGAUGACUAUUGAUUCUCGUUCCAUACACUUUGUUACCUGUUUUUAUUGUUACAAAAAUAAACAAAAUUGUUGCCUGUUUCA